AUGUCGCUCGAAGCCACGAUGAUCAUUGUCGACAACAGCGAGAGCAGUCGCAAUGGAGACUACACAUCAACCCGGUGGCAAGCUCAAGUUGAUGCUGUCAGCAUCAUCCACAGCGUCAAGAUGCGCGCACACCCCCAGUCGGCUGUCGGUCUGAUGAGCAUGGGCGGCAAGGGCCCGGAAGUGUUGUCCACCUUUACCACUGAUUUCGGUAGCAUUCUGGCUGGCCUGCACAACACGAAGAUCCACGGAACAUCGCACCUGAGCUCUAGUAUUCAAGUCGCCGGUUUGGCCCUCAAGCACCGAUCCGAGAAGUCUCAACGGCAACGAAUCAUCGUAUUCUCCUGCUCCCCGAUCGAAGAGGAUGAGAAGACCCUAGUUAAGCUGGCCAAGAAGAUGAAGAAGAACAACGUCUCGAUCGACGUGGUGGCAUUCGGUGACCUCGAGUCCGAUCAAACCAAGAAGCUAGAGGCCUUUGUGGACAACGUGACAAGUGGUGACAACUCCUACCUUGCCAUCAUCCCACCAGGACCCCAUCUCCUGAGCGAGGAGCUCCAAGCAACCCCCAUCCUGGCGGGCGAGAAUGCUACCGCAGGUGCUGCGGCCGGUGGUGGUGGCGACGAGGCUGGUGGAUUCAACUUUGAGGAUGCUGCGGAGAACGACCCCGAGCUGGCCUUUGCUCUGCGGCUAUCCUUGGAGGAAGAGAAGAACCGACAAGAAAAGGAGAAGCGUGAUCGGGAGGCGGUCGAGGGCAAGACAGAGCUGGGCAAUAUCCCCGAAGAGGGUCAGGGUGAGUCCAGCGGUAACAAGGACAAGAAGGAUGAAGAUAAGAUGGACACUGCUUAG